AUGAACCUAAGAGAAACGGGUGUUAUUGUUAUAUUAAUUGGUAUAUCAGUGUUUUUGUUAGGAUUUAUUAUGCUAGCUGAUAAAGCUUUGAUGAUUUGUGGGAAUAUUUUAGUAUCCAUUGGAAUACUCAUUCUAACAAGAUCACGCUUAUUUAAUCUACUUCAUAUAGAUAAAUUACAAGGUACAGUUCUAUUUAUUUUAGGAUUUAUGUUUAUAUUAUAUGGAUUUGUGUUUCUAGGGUUUAUAUUAGAAGUGGUCGGUUUAUCUUUAUUGCUUAAAGAAAGCAUACCAUCAUUUAAAACAAUUUUAAAAGGAUUAAUAUUGGGAAGAGCACUAAAAAAAAUAAAAUGA